GUAAUCAUUGCAUAUCGCGCAUCAGCAUCAUUUUGAAAAAGAAGACGAAGCGGAUUUUUUGACGUAUCAUCCAUCGUACAUUUUCCACAAAAGCAUUCGGUUCGGCUGCGAGUGCAAAAUCUGUAGAAAAAAGACACGAGUACGUGAGCUAAAAGAAGAUUGUUGACUUUUUUCCAUUGAAUUAGGUGAAAAGUGAAAAUUUUGCCCACGUUUCCUGGUGCUUUCCUUGUUUGGGUGUUGUUUGUGCUAGAGGAAAGUCUAGUUUGGUUAGAAAAAUUCCGUUUCCAUCGGAAUGAGACGACCUACUGGAAUCGCUGCACUGCUGGCAGCUGUUUUAGGUUGCUGGCUUUGCAUGGAAGGUCUAGGAGCGGUAGCAGCAGCACCGGGCAAGUCGAACGUCAUCGAGCUAGAUGAGAGCAACUGGGACAGGAUGCUGACCGAAGAAUGGCUAGUGGAAUUCUACGCUCCGUGGUGUCCGGCCUGCAAGAGUCUUGCCCCCGUCUGGGAUGAUUUGUCCACCUGGUCCGACGAUCUGAACGUUAAAACUGCCAAAAUCGAUGUGACCACGUCGCCCGGUCUUAGCGGACGCUUCUUUGUGACCGCGCUGCCCACCAUUUUCCAUGUUCUCGAUGGCGAAUUCCGGCAGUACAAGGGAGCACGGGAUCUGAAUUCGCUGAUGACCUUCAUCGAGGAGAAGAAAUGGCAAGCCGUGGAAAAGAUUCCUCCCUUGACCAAACCAAGCUCACCGCUGAUGGCGGUGAUUUCGGUGUUCUUCAGAGCGUCUCAAUUAUUGAAAGUAAGUAGAGCUUACCUAAAGGAAAUAAAUGCUUAUUUGGCGACGGAAUAUGGUAUUCCGGUUUGGGUAUCGUACGUUGGGUUUGCCAUUAGUACGAUCCUAUUCGGAGCUCUUGUCGGUUUGAUUUUUGUGUGCAUUAUCGACUUAUUUUUCCCACCGCCGUCCUACAAGCGGAAGAGCUUUUCGGAACACAAACAAAGUCUGAAACAUGAUCAGGGCCAUGAAGAGUUGAAAGGUGACGAUUUAGAGGACGAAGAUGAACAGCAAGAGGCCAGUGUGCAAGAAGAGGAGGAAGAGGAAGGCACAUCCGAAGGGGAAAAAUAUUCCGGUUCAGAUUCUGAUGAAGCACCGGAAAGCGACCGAAAAGCGGAGGAUGAGACAGAAUCCAAGCCAUCUGCUACACCGGAAAAGCCAGAAGAAGAAACUGAUAAAAAAGAUACAGCCGGAAGUCCUGACCUUCGAAAACGCAAGCCGCGGAAAGCGGAUUGAACGGCUAACGAUGCUACUGAUGUUUUUGAUUGAAAGAUAAAAUCGCAAACAAGAUUAAAAACAAACGCCCAAAAAAAUGUCAACUUAAAAAGACUUACUACACCAAGUGGAAAGUUCUACAAAGAUGAAGCGACAACGAGACAGAGAGAGAAAGGGAGAAAUGAAACCACUUGAAUUAAUCGUAAAUUACAAGCGAUAAGUGUGGUAAACGGAAUGAUGAACAAUCUGUUUACGUAUAAAUAGCACUAAUUGAUAGAAGCAAAAGGUGAACGCUCACUUAAUAAGAUGUUUCAUAUUAAUCUAUUAUCAAAACACAAGUCAAAUAUUGUAAACUAAUGACUACUUCUGAAAGCAUUUAAAAACUAAGUUUUCAAUCGAAUAGUAUAACCGUCGAAUUCCAUCAAAACAUGAAACUUUCCUUCAUUUUUACUGAGUGAUACUAACCAAUGAGUUUCUUUUUUUCCCUGUGUAAUACAAUGUAAGUUCUUUAAUGUCACUUUCCGAAUGGAAGUGUGACAAUUUUCUUUAUUCAAUAUAUUUUAUUACUUCUAAUAAUUACUACGUACAUGACUCUACAUACUCUACACAUUCUUAGAACUUUCUGUUAAAGCAUUCUCGAAUUAGGAAACACCUUAAGGAUAUUUUUCAAGUGAGUCAGCAUAUUUUGAGUAAGGAAUGAAACAGAAAGAAUAAGUAAGCCCACUGUAGGGUGACCUAGUAGAGAAAAACUAAGUUAUAGGCAUUAAGUAUCACAGCACCGAGAAAGAGAGAGAGAGAGUGACACAGCAACGGGUCCGCCAGAGCACCUGCACCUGUGUCCUCGUGUACUGUUCGAACCAAGAGAAAUAAUAAAGCAACACUUUC